CCAUUCGUAUUUACCAAGGAUUAUGAUCCAAUUACUGGCAGUCAAAGUUAUGAAGGAUUCUGUAUUGAUAUUAUGGAUGCAAUAAAGGAAAUGCUAGGUCUAGACUAUGAACUAUACCUUGUCGAAGAUCAUCAAUAUGGUGCUAGAUAUGAUAAUGGCUCCUGGUCUGGUUUAAUCGGGCAGCUUGUUGAACAGAAAGCAGAUGUUGCCCUAGCUGACUUGACAAUUAGCCUUAUCCGAGAAACUGUGGCUGAUUUUACAGUUCCUUUUUUAUACUCUCAUUCAACUGCUCUUAUUAGCAAUCCUGGCCAGCGUGAACCUGAUCUAUUCCAGUUUUUCUUCCCAUUUAAAACCGAAGUUUGGAUAGCACUAGUUAUAUCGUCGGUAUUAGUGAGCCUACUGCUUGGUUGGUAUAAUCGCUUAAGUCCAUACAGUUGGGGCAAAAAUGAAGACGUUCGUGAAGCUGGACAAGAUCAAACAUUUUAUAACAGCAUGUGGUUUACUUAUAGCUCUUUAUUACAACAAGGCUCCGAGACAACCCCUCGAGGCUUAUCGAGCCGCAUAUUAGGUGGUUCAUGGUGGUUUUUUGUAUUAAUAAUUACUCAAACUUAUACUGCUAAAUUAACUGCAUUUUUAUCGGUUACGCCAAUGAAACCUAUUAUCCACAGUUUAACUGAAUUAUCUAAUUCAAGUUAUGCUGCUGGUGCUAUCCGCGGUGGACAAACUUCUUACCAUUUUAAUUCAUCGCGUCGUCCGGUCGAUAAAAUAAUAUGGAAGAAAAUACAAGAGAGUAAUGGCCUAAUGCCGACUUUGCAAGCUGGUAUUAAACGAACUCGCAAUGGAUCGUUCGCAUUUCUAAUUGAUAAAGCUACAGCUGAUUAUUAUGUUUUACGUCGUCCAUGUAAUUUACUGACUAUUGGUAAGCCAUUUGGUCAUAGCCCACUUGGUAUCGGAUUACAGAAAGGUUCACCAUAUGUGAAAAAUUUUAGUUUGGCUAUUUUAACAUUACAAGAUCGUGGAUAUAUGGAUUAUUUGCGUAAAAAAUGGUGGACUGAUCGAAGCCAAUGUGAUAAUAACGGUGCAGUAGCAGGCAAUAAUAGCGGUAUUGGAUUACAUUUUUUAGCUGGUAUUUUUAUGACGUUAUUUCUUGGUUUAUCGUUUGGUUACGUUUUUCUCUUAUUGGAAAUAAUAUAUAAAAAUUUCUUUACGGUAAGUUAUAAUUAUUUAAUUAUUGAAUAG